AAAGUGGAAACAAUGAUUCAUGAAAUGACAUGAUCAAAGCCUGUCGGCCAGAAAAAUGCCCCGCACUCCUCUUUCAUCCCUACACUUGGCCCUCUUUGUUCCCUGCAAAUUGCCCGAUUGGACGUUUCGAUUUUAGAUAUUUUGAGGGUGAAUGAUAUCCGGACCGGUUAACGCACAUGCAUAAUAAUCCCGAACUCCUAAAACUAACGACUACACGAAUCUCCAAUGGCCCCAAAUUGCUUUUUUCUUUUUUGUUGCAACCAGAGUUAAACCUGUAAGCUCGAGACUCGAGAGUGUAAGAUUCUUAUUUGCUGUCAUACAUUAUACUCGACCGGUCCCUUCAGGUAUACGUUCAAUAUAUUCAUGAUGAACUCCACGAUCUCACAAAUCUAGCUCGUAUGCAUAAAUAUCUGUAUGCUUGAAUCAAACAACACCACAAAGUUGCAUUCAGCCAGGACUGCUAGUUGGCUGGAUUAAACAAGGAUGGCGCUUAAUGCUUCUUCUAAUUGCCUUCUGAGUUGUCUCUUUCCAGCCUUGAUAUGGUUGAUUUUCCACAUAUUGAAGAAGAUCAUACGGUGCCCAAAUACGCGCGAAUCGACAGCCGGGAUUCCACCCGGCUAUCGGGGCUUACCUCUGAUCGGAGAAACCUUGCAGUUCAUGGCUGCAGUCAAUAGUAGCAACGGUUUCUAUGACUUUGUAAAGGUUCGCAGACUGAGGUAUGGAAAUUGCUUCAAAACCAACAUAUUUGGGGAGACCCAUGUUUUUGUUUCGAGCACUGAGUCAGCCAAAUUGAUCCUAAACAACGAUUUGGGGAGAUUCACGAAGAGGUAUAUAAGGUCGAUUGCAGAGGUUGUGGGACAUCAAAGCUUGCUCUGCGCUGCUCCUCAGCAACACAAACAUAUCCGAAGCCGUCUAGCCAAUUUGUUCUCCACAAGUUCCAUUGCUGUUUUUGUCGAACAGUUUGAUCAACUGGUUGUGAGUGCAUUGAGUAGGUGGGAGCACAAGGGUACUAUUGUCAUUCUUGACGAAGCGCUAAAGAUUACAUUCAGGGCGAUGUGCAAGAUGUUGAUGAGUCUAGAGAGAGAAGAUGAACUGGAUGUGAUGCAGAAAGACAUUGGUCUUGUUUGUGAAGCAAUGCUUCGGUUCCCUUUGAGGCUACCCUGGACCAGAUUCUACAAGGGCCUCCAGGCAAGAAAAAGAGUCAUGGGGGCACUGGAGAAGAUGGUUAGUGAAAGAAGAACAAGAGGCUUAGAAGCUCAUGAUCAUCCCCAUGAUUUCCUCCAACACCUCCUUCUAAUGGAAGAUGAUCCCAAUUCAUGUGGUUCAAAUGAAGCCUUAUCACUAUCAGAUGCACAGAUUAAGGACAACAUCUUAACCAUGAUUAUUGCAGGUCAGGACACAACUGCUAGUGCUAUUACAUGGAUGGUCAAGUAUUUGGGCGAAAACCAAGAGGUCCUCGACAUACUUAAGGCUGAGCAACUUUCCCUGGCAGAAAAAUCUUCACCAAAUGCAUUCCUCAAGCUAGAAGAUCUGAACGACAUGCCGUAUGCUUCCAAGGUUGUUAAAGAAUCAUUAAGGAUGGCAUCCAUAGUACCUUGGUUUCCAAGAUUAUCACUGCAGGACUGUGAGAUUCAUGGAUAUAAGAUCAAGAAAGGGUGGAACGUUAAUAUUGAUGCCAGAUCAUUACACCUUGAUCCCACAGUGUACAAUGAUCCUGACAAGUUCAUUCCUUCCAGGUUUGAUGAUGAAUCAAAACCGUACAGCUUCUUAGCUUUUGGACAAGGAGGAAGGACUUGUUUGGGUGUCAAUUUGGCUAGAGCCAUGAUGCUAGUCUUUCUCCACCGUCUAGUCACCACAUACAAGUGGAAGGUACUCAAUUCGGAUUCAAGCCUGGAGAAGUGGGCGCUUUUCGCAAGAUUAAAAAGCGGUUGCCCGGUACACGUUACCAAGAUCAGGGAGGAUAUUACUCCUCCAUAAGAAACAAUUACGCAGGUGGUAAUGAUAAGGACUUGAGCACUCAAAAGUGAACAUGGCCAGAAAAUCAAUGAUUUCUUAGGCAUAUAUGUGUUUGCAAAAGUGAAUAUGUGUUUGUGCGAUGAAGGCAAAGGUGAAAUUAGGUAAAUGUCACAUAUUGUAUCUGAAUACUAUAUCGAAAAGCCUAUGUUUUGGUGAUACUACUAAAAGUGUUCCUAUAAAGAGCCGAUUUGCUUUGACAA